AUUCCCACAGCAGAGAAGUCCGCAAAGAGAAACAUUCUUCACACAGGGUCCUGGAUGAAGAUAAUAGAAAACAUAGAAGUAAAAACGAAGACCAAGAAAGACGACAAGUUCCAAAAGGUUCUGAUCAACGAAGAGAAAAAAGAGAAAGGAGAGAAAAAUCAUCCAGGCAUGAAAUUCGUGAUGAAGAAGAUUAUAGAAGAGAAAAAGAAAAAAGGAGAGAAGAGAGACAUCGGAAAAGGGAAGAAGAAGGCAGAAGUGAGAGAAGAAAUCAUGAAACACCAGAAGAAAGAGCAAAGAGAAAAGAAAAGGAGAGACGACAACGUGAGAGAGAGGAAAAAAGAGGAAGCGCAACAAAAGAUGGGGAAAGAAGGGAAAGGAAACAUGAAAGAAGAGAAGACCAACACCAAAGGAAUGCAGGGGUAGAAGAGGAAGAGGAACAACGUAGAA